AUGAGUCGUGGGGAGAGGAGUCAGCACUGCGAGCUUGAGGAAGACCUUCAGGCCCAAGGAGAGGCACCGGGCCCAGUGGCUGUGCAGGCUCCUGCAGCUGAGGUUGAGGAGGCUGCCACCGCCUCCCUCUCUGCCUCUCCUGCUCUGAUCCCGGGUACCAUGGAGGAGGUGCUUGCUGCUGGGUCCCCGGAUCCUCCCCAGAAUCCUCAGAAAGUCCUCUCCUUUCUCACUACCAUCGCUUCCAUUCUGUGUAGCCAAUCUGAUGAGGGCUCUAGCAGCGAAGAAGAGGAGGAGCCUGACCCGGCCGACCCUGAGUUCUUGCUCCAAGAGGCCCUAGAUAAGAAGAUGGUUCAUCUGGUCUAUUUCCUGCUCCACAAGUACCGAAACAAGGAGCCGCUCACAAAGGCAGAGAUGCUGAGUGCUGUCAUCAAGAAUGACGAGGAGCACUUCUCGGCCAUCUUCAGCGAAGCCUCCGAGUGCAUGCAGCUGGUGUUUGGCAUUGAUGUGAAGGAAGAGGACCCCACCGAGCACUCAUAUGUCUUCGUCAGCUCCCUGGACCUCUCCUACAAUGGCGUGCUGGAUGACCACAGCAAGCCCACGGCCGGCCUCCUGAUCACCGUCCUGGGCAUGAUCUUCAUGGAGGGCAACUGCGUCCCUGAAGAGACCAUUUGGGAAGCGCUGAGAGUGCUAGGGGUGUGUCCAGGGAGGGAGCACUGCUUGUAUGGGGAGCCCAGGAAGCUCCUCACCCAGGAUUGGGUGCAGGAAGAGUACUUGGAGUACCGGCAGGUGCCCGGCAGCGAUCCCGCAUGCUACGAGUUCCUGUGGGGUCCCAGGGCCCAUGCUGAAACCAGCAAAAUGAAGGUCCUGGAGCAUGUGGCCAAGGUCAGUGGCAGAGAUGCUACUUGCUACCCAUCCCUGUAUGAGGAGGCUCUUAGAGAGAAAAGAGAGAGGGAGUCUGAGCAGGAGUUGCACCCAGAGCUAGUGGCAGGAUCAGGGCCACGUUCAGCAGCUUCUUCUGCCCCAUAUGACAAGAGUCCUAUUCUCCACUCUGUGUUUGAAGAGAGCAGUCAGCAUUCUGAGUAA